GAGGUGGGCCGCUGCGCAUGCGCAGGAGGCGGAGCGGCGCGCUUUCGAGGCCAUGGGGACGGUUCACGCGCGGAGUUUGGAGCCUCUUCCCAUGAGUGGUCCUGAUUUUCGUGGUGAAGAAGCAGAGCUUGUGGAAGUUGAACCAGAAACUAAACAAGAAAUUCUUGAAAAUAAAGAUGUUGUUGUUCAGCAUAUACACUUUGAGGGACUUGGAAGAACUAAAGAUGACAUUAUUAUGUAUGAAAUUGGUGAAGUUUUCAAAGCUAAAAAUCUGAUUGAUGUAAUGAGGAAAUCACAUGAAGCUCGUGAAAAGCUCCUCCGCCUAGGAAUAUUCAGACAAGUUGAUGUACUGAUUGAUACAUGUCAAGGUGAUAAUGCUCUUCCAAAUGGGUUAGACGUCACCUUUGAUGUAACAGAACUGAGAAGAUUAACUGGAAGUUACAACACCAUGGUUGGCAACAACGAAGGAAGCAUGGUCCUUGGACUCAAACUGCCUAAUAUUUUGGGGCGUGCUGAGAAGGUGACGUUCCAGUUCUCCUAUGGCACCAAGGAAACUUCAUACGGUCUCUCCGUCUUCAAACCACAGCCUGGUCACUUUGAAAGAAACAUUUCUCUCAACGUUUACAAAAUAACUGGACAAUUUCCUUGGAGUUCCUUACGUGAAACUGACAGAGGAAUAUCAACCGAAGUCAAUUUUCCUAUCUGGAAGACCAACCACACACUAAAAUGGGAGGCCGUCUGGAGAGAACUGGGUUGCCUUUCAAGAACGGCCUCAUUUUCUGUUCGGGAAGAAAGUGGUCACUCCCUCAAGUCUUCUGUAUCUCAUGCCAUGGUAAUUGAUUCUCGAAACUCCUCAAUCUUGCCUAAACGAGGAGCUUUGCUGAAGAUAAAUCAGGAGCUUGCUGGAUAUACUGGGGGUGAUGUGAGCUUUCUGAAGGAGGAUUUUGAACUUCAGUUAAACAAGCGCCUCUUAUGGGAUUCGGUCCUCUCGGCUUCUCUUUGGGGUGGAAUGUUGGUUCCCAUCGGAGACAAACCAUCUAGUAUUGCAGACAGGUUUUAUCUUGGUGGACCCACAAGUGUACGUGGAUUCAGUAUGUACAGUAUUGGACCUCAAAGUGAAGGCGAUUACCUUGGAGGAGAAGCUUACUGGGCCGGGGGUUUGCAUCUCUACACACCUCUUCCUUUUCGGCCAGGCCAAGGCGGUUUUGGAGAUCUCUUUCGAAUGCACUUUUUUCUCAACGCUGGAAAUCUCUGCAACCUUAAUUAUGGUGAAGGACCGAAGGCUCACCUUCAAAAACUGGCUGAGUGCAUCCGGUGGUCUUAUGGGGCUGGCAUAAUCCUGAGGCUUGGCAACAUUGCACGAUUAGAACUCAACUAUUGUAUCCCGAUGGGAGUACAAAGUGGAGAUAGAAUAUGUGACGGAGUUCAGUUUGGAGCGGGAAUAAGAUUCCUGUAAUAUUGGUCGGCCUUUUGCGGUGUUGGUCCAACAGGAGCAUCUGAAUUCAAGUGUCAUGGGGUGAUACCCCAAAUAUAUUUUUAUUGAAGUAUAAUUAUGUAUGAAGGAUUAACUUCAAUUAAAAACCAGAAAAACA